AUGGCACACCCUUCUCUUACUAUCUUCACCCACGAGCCCUGCGUGGUACUUGGGAAUAAGAGGCAUUAUCCCCACUUCACAAUUGAAGGAACAGAGGCUCUGAGAAGUCAGCAAGUUUUCCAAGGCCACAGAGUGAGUUAUCGCAGGGCUGAGAUGGGCACCCAAGGUUGCCAGCUACAAGAGCAGUUCACAGUGAAUGGCAUACAGGGGCCACUCUUGGCUCCAUUGGGUGGAAAAGUUGAGUUCAGUAGCCAGCUGUCCCCACCAGAGAGUGCAGAACACAUGGAAAUACGCUGGUUCUGGAACCACUACACAAAACCUGUUCACCUGUACUAGAAUGGUAAAGACUUGUAUGGAGAAGCCAUCUCCAAGUAUGUGGAGUGGACAGAGCUCCUGAAAGAAGCCACUGGAGAGGGUAAGGUGACCCUCAGGAUCUUUAAUGUGAAUGCUGCUGCUGAUGGGUGGUACCACUGUUUCUUCAAAAAUGGUGAUUUCUGUGAUGAGGCCAUCAGAGAAGUGAAGGUCACAGCUACAAGCCUGGAAAUGCGGAUUCUUGUGCAUCCUCCAAACACCAAAGGUCUUUUAGUGGAGUGUAAUUCAAGAGGUUGGUUCCUGCAACCUCAAAUGGAAUGGAGAGACAGCAGAGGAGAGAUCAUUCUACCUUCAUCAAAAUUUCACUCACAGGAUACUGACAAAUCGUUCAGCCUGAAGAUGGCCCUUCUUCUAAGAUGGAGUUCCUAUGGGAAUGUCACUUGCUACCUUCCACCUGUAACUGGUCAAGAGGAAGGAACAAGCAUUGUCCUUUCCGAUAAACUGUUUCCAUGGGAUACAAUUUGGAUACUGAUUCUGGUCAUAAUUCUGGUUCUGCUGCUGACAUUUAUCAUGAUGCCCAGUGUCGAUUUAUAUUACAGAUUACAAGGUAAGUGGUCAGUGGGCAUACCGGUAGUCUUGACUUCAAUAUGUGUGAUUGUCUUCCUCAUUAUCUAUUUGCAUCACAAAAAAGAGGUAUUCCCCAUUUCAGAUCCACAUUUCCAGUUGGAUGUCAUGUAGUUGGAAGAUAUGACUCUGAUCCUGUGUGUUCUGAUGGUCUUUAUCACCAUGGUCAUUUCCUUUAUUUACUUUAGAUUCAGAGGUAAAGCAGAUGGGAAUAGUGCUCGUGAAACCACACUGUGGCAGGGACAGCUGGCAGCUGAGCUCAGCCCUUUCACCCACCAGGACCACCUGGUGGCUCCUGGAGCUGCUCACAGUGAAGUGCUCUGCGGAAGAAGUCGGAGACAGGAUUUAUUCUGA